ACCACAACUACUCACUCCUAAGUGAUGAUGUAACCGUGGUCGAAGUGCUACUUUCAUUUUCUGUAAAUCAGUGGAUUUUUUUUUGUUUUUUGCUUGGCGAAGCAGCUGAUACAUUUCCCGUUCUAACCUUUUUGGAAUAAUUUAACUGCUGGGAUCUAGAUGCAAUGUGCAAGAAAUUUACAAUUCUAAACAAUACCAGGAAUCUCAAAUAUUAGCUCUUUAUGUAAUACUUGAUAUAGCAAAAUCGAGACCCUUAUAUACAUUUCAAAAUAAUGGUCAUCUGAAGAAACGAUAUUGUAUUUAACCUAUGCAGUUUUGGCAAAAUUAGAUGCAUGCUUUGCAGUGUGGUAAAACUAAUGGCGUACGUGGUUAAAACAUAUCGUUAUCUAAGGUUUAUAGAAGACUUUAUUUCAUGUUUGCAUUCAUCAUAUAAGAGGAGCAGUGCAAAAUAUUAAAGAAUAUCUGGAAAUUGACUAUGUGUGCACCGAACAGAAGACCCUUUGUCCCUACUAAAUAUGGCGACCACGGGUUCUGCUUUGCAUACCGAACAAAUGUUUCGAGCAGCUUUUCGGACCAGCGAUGCACUGACUGAUGAGAACGACGAGCGCAUCCUCGGAUCUCUACGCGCGCGUCACAUGUGCACAGGCUUUAUUAUCCGAAGAUAACGCACAUCGCUGGAGCUUCAUGCUGUUUCGAUUAAAGAUUUUGCUGAUUUUGUACAAGCAAGUCCUUUCAUCACCUCUAAUCACAAAACCUGUGUCAUGUUCUUGAAGAACACAGGAAUUGAGAACUAAAGGACAUGUUGAUUUUGAAAAAUAUUUUUUGCAUGCAAAUCUUCUCAGGAGGCAUAAUUCAUCAUAAGGAAACUGUUUCAGAAGAGAUUGCUGUAAAGAGAACAAACAUAACCUGUCUAAAGUGAAAAUGCCUGUUAGCAGAAUAAUGGUAUACCUGUGAAAAACUGAACAUUGGAUAAAAUGACUGUCUAUUCCCCUAUGUGUAUUCUAUUCAGCUAGGUUGGAACACCAAUUAUUUGAAUCUUCCAGAGAUUCAGUUUAUCCAUCAAUUUCAACAACACUUCUGUAGAAAUUACACACUGGACAAAAGAAGAGAAAUCUGGUGUACCUCACCAAGCUUUUAACAAAAUGGCAUUAAUUGAGAUGUACUUCUUGAUGUUCAUAGCCAUGGACAUCCUUAAGGACUUUACAGAAGGGCACAGUAUGUUUGCAUGUGAACCAGUCACAUUACGGAUGUGUCAAGAUUUGCCAUAUAACACAACAUUUAUGCCAAAUCUACUUAACCACUAUGACCAACAAACUGCUGCUCUUGCAAUGGAGCCUUUCCAUCCAAUGGUCAACCUUCAGUGUUCAGCUGAUCUACGAUCAUUCUUAUGCGCUCUCUAUGUUCCUGUGUGCACUGAAUAUGGCCGUGUUUCCCUUCCCUGUCGACGUCUCUGCUUACGAGCUCAUAGCGACUGUCAUAAACUCAUGGAAAUGUUUGGAGUUCCCUGGCCUGAAGAGAUGGAGUGCAACAGAUUUCCUGACUGUGAUGAAUCAUAUCCACGUGCAGUUGAUCUUCUAACAAAUAUGGAUAAUGCAGUAGAAUCCUCUGUGGCAGUGCAACGGGAUUAUGGAUUUUGGUGCCCACGAGAGCUAAAAAUUGAACCUGACCUGGGAUAUUCAUUUUUAGGUGUGCGUGACUGUUCACCACCUUGCCCUAAUAUGUAUUUUCGCAGAGAAGAGCUGUCCUUUGCACGUUAUUUUAUUGGCGUUAUCUCCAUAGUAUGCCUCUCUGCCACGCUGUUCACAUUCUUGACUUUCCUUAUUGACGUUACUCGCUUCCGUUACCCUGAGAGGCCAAUUAUAUUCUAUGCUGUCUGCUAUAUGAUGGUGUCGCUGGUAUUUUUUAUUGGAUUUCUUCUAGAAAACAGAGUGGCCUGCAAUUCUGCCAGCCCAGGAAAUUUCAAGGCAUCUACUGUGACCCAGGGUUCCCAUAAUAAGGCUUGUACAUUUCUCUUCAUGGUGCUGUAUUUCUUCACGAUGGCUGGAAGUGUCUGGUGGGUUAUUCUCACUAUAACUUGGUUUCUGGCAGCUGUACCCAAGUGGGGUAGUGAAGCAAUUGAAAAGAAAGCUCUACUUUUCCACGCCAGCGCUUGGGGCAUUCCAGGAACUCUAACUGUUAUUUUGCUAGCCAUGAAUAAAAUUGAAGGUGACAGUAUUAGUGGAGUUUGCUUUGUAGGUCUGUAUGAUGUUCAUGCAUUACGCUACUUUGUGCUUGCACCACUGUGUCUUGAUGUUCUUGUUGGUGUAUCUCUCCUAUUGGCUGGGAUUGUCUCACUGAAUCGUGUGCGCAUUGAGAUUCCUCUGGAGAAGGAGAACCAGGACAAGCUAGUUAAGUUCAUGAUUAGAAUUGGUGUGUUUAGCAUUCUGUAUUUAGUGCCUCUGCUUGUGGUCAUUGGAUGCUACUUCUAUGAACAGAGCUAUCGACACAUCUGGGAAACUACAUGGGUGCAAGAGCACUGCAGGGAAUAUCACAUUCCAUGUCCAUACCCGGCUAGUCCAUCAAGUCGGCCAGAUCUUAUCCUUUUUUUGAUGAAAUAUUUAAUGGCAUUGAUUGUUGGAAUACCGUCUGUCUUCUGGGUUGGAAGCAAGAAAACAUGUUUUGAGUGGGCCAGCUUUUUUCAUGGUCGUCGUAAAAAAGACUGCACUGUAAAUGAGAGCAGACAAGUUCUCCAAGAACCCGAUUUUGCACAAUCUCUGCUACGAGACCCAAAUACACCUAUCAUCCGCAAGUCUAGAGGCACAUCUACGCAAGGAACCUCAACACACGCAUCUUCUACACAUCUUGCUAUGUUAGAUGAUCAAAGGAGUAAAGCUGGAAGUGUUCAUAGCAAGAUGAGCAGUUACCAUGAUAGUUUACAUCGUUCUCGGGAUGGAAGGUACACACCAUGCAGUUACAGAGGAGUUGAAGAAAGAUUACCACAUGGGAGCAUGUCACGGCUUAAUGACCCAUCUCAAUCAGGCAGCAUGCAUCGGCUCAAUGACCAGUCAAGGCACAGUAGUAUUCGGGAUCUGAACAAUCCUCCUACCCACAUUACACAUGGGAUUAGCAUGAAUCAAGUUCUUGAGGAAGAUGGUGCAAGCGCCUAAAACU